CCGCCGCCGCCGCCGCAACCCAGUGAGCGAUGGAUCCCCAGGACUGUCCUUGUGCUACCGGUGGCUCGUGUACCUGUGCUGGCUCCUGCAAAUGCAAAAACUGCAGCUGCACCUCUUGCCAAAAGAGCUGCUGCUCCUGUUGCCCAACUGGAUGCAAUAAUUGUGCCAAGGGCUGUGUCUGCAAAGAGCCAGCAUCCAAUAAAUGCAGCUGCUGUCACUGAAAUGGACCUCUUCUGUGCUCUUGGGAAUAUUUGUAUGCAACAAAGUGUUGUUCCUACAGUGGUGAUUGUUGUACAACUAUGAGUGUGAGGAAUGAAAAUAAAGGCUUUCCUUGAGAA